AUGCACAUAGCAGCAGUUUAUCAAGAUCACAGGCUCCAAAUAUACAAAAAAUCCUUGACUUAUCUUUAUUUUGCAAUUUCCAUAAUCAUUUAUAGAUCCAUCUCUGAUUUCAACAGCUUAGAUACAAAAAAUCUGGUUAAAAUUAAGAUGGAAAAUUCCACUUCUAAUUCAGAUCUUAACAGCUAUUUUAUAGAAGACUCAAUCGAGACUCCUAAACAAAACAAACAUUGGUGAACUCCAGAAGAAGAUGAGAUGCUCAAAGAGCUUGUUUCCCAAUUCGGGGCAAAAAACUGGAAAGAAAUUGCGCGUUUCUUUGAAAACAGAACAGAUGUCCAAUGCUUACACAGAUGGCAAAAGGUGCUGAGCCCAGGGCUUGUAAAAGGCCAAUGAACCAAAGAAGAAGACGAAAUCGUCAUCCGUUUAGUAAAAAAAUACGGGCCACGGUAUUGAAGUACAAUAGCCAGUAAUUUGCCAGGAAGAAUCGGUAAGCAGUGCAGAGAAAGGUGGCACAACCAUCUAAAUCCAAAUAUCAAACGAGAUAAUUGGACCACAGAAGAAGACAUUAUCAUAAUUAACUCACAUGCAGAGCUUGGCAACCGUUGAGCUGAGAUUGCUAAACGGCUACCAGGCAGAACAGAUAAUGCAAUUAAAAACCACUGAAACUCGACGUUAAAAAGAAAAAUGAAAUUGCUUAAAAAGGAUUAUUUAGGUGAAGCUGGAACUCCUUGCAAAAAACAAAAAUUCGAAGAUCCCACAAUGGAGGUCUUGAAAAACAGUAAGCCUAGCUAAGAUUAUAAAAAGCUCCUUUUAGUCUUGUGGAGCACAACAUAUUCACCUUCAUAUUGCUCUACCCCUUGCUUGCCAGUCCAAGCACGGCAUCUAACAGUAUUGUUCGACGGGAACGAGAGCUUGAACUCACUACUCUCGCGAGUUAGAGGCUUUGGCCUACCAUGCACUCACCCCUCACCGGUAGUGUUUGUCUUUCAGAAAAAUUCAAAAAGCAAAUUUCUAGUCACCUGUCGGCCAACAUGGAGAUUUGUAGUCUAAGACGUAAUGCCUAGUAUUGAGCUUGAAGCAUUCCGAUUGGCCAGAAGUAACCACAUUGGUGCUGCUGGGAGAUAAUUUCAAACUCUGAGUCUCAUCUUCCCCUGAGGUAAAGCCUUGAUCUAGACGCGGCUAGCCUCAUCCAGCAUUCACUCCAUCAAACCUAUUAAAACCUGACCAAUGCAAAUUACCAAAUGCCAUCCUCUUACCACAAGAUCCCUGAGUUACCCCAGCUACAGAGUGUUAAGAGGGUUGCUCGCUACACACCAUUUUAAGGUCUUGAAAAGUCAAAUGCUUAAAAAUAAUGAAAAUUAUAACGAAUUGAGUGGAGAAGAGAGUAUAAAAACUUUGGCGACCCCUGAAAAAAGAAAAGAACUAGAACAAGUACAGGAAAAUUUCACACCUUUGAGACAGCAGCCAGCGCAGGUUCUAUAUUAUGUGUCACCAGACUACGAAGAGUUAAUCGUUGACAAAACAAUUACGUCCCAGCAAAUAAUUCAAAGCAUCGAGCAGCAGGCGAAACUCUUACUCCCCCCCCCCUCCGUGAGCGAACAAAAAAAUUUUGUUCGCUCACGGAGGGGGGUUAAUUUUUUUUUUAAAAAAAAUUUAUAUAUAAAUUUUAUAAAAAAAUAUUUUUUUCGAAAUUUAAAAAAAUCCUAAUUUGCAAAAAUUGGGAAGCAAAUAUUAAUUUAAUUUGCAAAAUUUAUGUUUUAAAACGCAAUUUGUUUAAAAUUAAACAGAAUUAGCUCUAGAUUUCAUUAUACUAAUUAUCACUUAUAUAUCAAAAAUUUUUUUCCAUUAAAAUUUUUUCUAUUAAAAAAAUUUUUGUUCACUCACGGAGGGGGUUUUUGGUCAAAAAAUGGCGAUUUUUCUAAUGGUUUUGUUCGCUCACGGAGGGGGGGGGGGGGGAGUUAUGAAUUGAAUCUAAUUAA